AAGCUUAACCUCAGGUUGGGUUAUAGUUAAAAAGUGCUUAAAUAUUGUCCUUUUUUGCACCAAAAGUGUUCGUGUCGCUUUAGAAGACAUUCAUUUAACCACUGGAAUCAUAUCGAUGACGUUUAUGCUGACUGUCUGUGAUUUUUGAAGCUUCAAAAGAGAAAUCUCCAUUCACUUGCAUUUUAAGGACCUACUGAGCUAAAAUAUUUUUCUAUUUUUCUUCAAAUGUGUUCUGGUGAAGGAAGAAAGUCAUGCACACCUGGGACAUCGUGAGGUGUGACUGAACACAAGACUGCCUGUCCUCUCCAGUCUCACACUAAGUAUAUCAACAGGAUGGCCUUUCAACAGCAGCCCAUGCCCUUUGUCAUGAAACACACCUCCAACCAAUGGAGUUCUGGAAUCUGUGACUGCUGUGAUGAUAUGAAAAGCUGUUGCUUUUCAUUCUGGUGCUUUCCCUGUUUUGCUUGUGUGACGGCUCGGAAUUAUGGCGAGUGUUUGUGUUUGCCUCUGCUCAAUGGAUUUGGUUUCAUCCCCCCAAUAACAUUGUCCAUGAGGGUAUCAGCUCGCAGUCGUUAUGGAAUCCAGGGUACUAUCUGUAAUGACUGCAUUUAUUCCUUCUUCUGUGGUCCCUGUGUCUGGUGUCAGAUGUCUCGAGAAAUGGACACCCGUGAACAAACUGUCACACUUGCCAGAAAUCAAGCAAAAUAAAGUUCAAGAUGAACAACUUCCACAUUAUUUUGUUUCAGUCACAAAGUACUACACCUUAAAUGAUUGUCAUUCUUAGAUCUAAACCUAUUGUAUGUAUGUGUGCCUUUUAACAAAAACAGUUUGAUGGACAUCUGGUGUGUUUACACUAGUUUAAAAAUUAUUUCUGUGUAAAACUUUCUACCAUUCGCCAUAAAAUAUGCAUUAACAUUAUUUACACGAGAGUAUCAGUAUGUUGCCCUGUGCUUAUUGGGUUUUUUAGCCUUAAACUUUGUACAGCUGCUUUUUGAAAACUACAGAGUAAAAGAGCUAUAUAAAUCAUAAUGUUGUGCUUACUUGAGCAAUAACAUGGGAGGAUGGCAACAAUUUACAAGUGCUUGGUUUUGCAGAGGGUAUAGCACUUAAUCAGGUUUGCCAACUUUGGCUUCCUAGUUGGAGUGAGAUUUUGAUGACAUGAGCUGAUUUAACAACACAUGCAUUAUUUGUAUUUGCAGGCCUACCAUCUUAAAAGCGUUUGUUCACCCAAAAAAGAAUUGUUUACUCAUCCCUGUGUUGUUAUAAUCCCAUAUGACUUAUUUUUCUUAACACAAAGGGAGAAAUUGUGAAAAAACGUUGUGCUCAAUGAUAUUAUACAAUGGCAGUUUAUGG